GCGUGUGACAUUACCUAUUUUUGUGGUUUUGUUAACAAUUGAUUGACUGACUGAUUGAUUGAUUGAUUGAUGCAAAUAUGACUUCACUAGUUUAUACCGUUUUCCACAUUGCCACACUGCAUUGCUCGGUGCGGCCAGAAAUCUCGCCUUGCACAUGCGAAACGGGCAAAUCGAUGAACCAUGUGGAACUCUCGUGCGAGAAGCUCGAAUCCUUUAAUGCGGUGGUCGAUAGCUUGGCCAAUAAGCUGAAUCCGGAUCUAAAUAUUGAAUUGAAAAUAACCCAUUCACAGCUCGAUGAUUUGGAGAUGAGAUCGUUUACGGAUAUGAAUUUCAAUUUAUACAAGUUACGAAUGCAAUGGAAUGAAUUAAGAUCGCUGCCCGAACUGCCAUUCCGUGGGUUAUCGAAUGUCACCUACCUAAGCGUCGGUGACAACGAACUCGACGAGAUUCCAAAGCAUGUCUUGAACCAUAUGCCGCGACUGCUAACGCUGGACAUUGGGCGAUGUAACAUACAGGCUGUGCAGCAGGAAGAUUUCAAAGGCAUACAGAUGGUGACGAAUCUCAUAUUACCGAGCAAUAAUAUCAAUCGAUUGGAUAGAGGAUCAUUUCCGCUCAGUUUGCAGAUAUUGCAUUUGGGUCGAAAUCAGAUAGAGUCGUUGAAUGGGUCCCUGCACGAGUUGGAUAAGCUGCAAUCGCUGUUUAUUAAUGCGAACAACAUCAGUAAUCUGGAUGGUGAGCUACCGGAUGGGAGUAUACUGAAGCUAUUGAUGGCCCACAAUAAUCGAUUGGAAAGGCUGCCGGCCAAUAUGGCAAAAAUGAUGAAUUUGGAGACAAUUCACUUGCAUUUCAAUCGCUUGCGUUCGUUUGAUGGCGUCCUGAAACAUGCCAAAUAUCUGAAUGAACUGUAUGCCAAUAACAAUGAGCUGGAAUACUUGGCCCAGGAUGAGUUCCAGAUGUGCGAACUAAUGGAGACUCUGCAUUUGGAUUGUAAUCACAUACGCUCGCUGAACUCGUCGUUGCACUCCAUGGGCAAACUGAAGAUAGCAAAUUUCUCUUUCAACGAGAUCGAAGAGUUCUCCAUGGAGGAGCUGCACGGCUUGCGUUCGCUCAAGUUGCUCGAUUUGUCCAAUAAUCGUAUACAACGUCUGAUACCCAGUCGUAAUAGCAUCAAGGAUUUGCCAUUGCGUGAUCUACAUUUGGAUAACAAUCAAAUAAUCACUUUGGACUCUGCCCUGGCUGGCUUGGGCAAUCUGCGUCUUUUGAAUUUGCCCCACAACAAGCUAAAGUACAUAUUGCCCAGCGAUUUUGAAGGCAUGCAUAUUCUGGAGUUACUGGAUAUGACUGGAAAUCAAUUGACCGAACUGAAACCAUUGGAAAAUACAAUCCUGCCCAGUCUUAGGAUCCUGAAGGUUGCCUUUAACAAUAUCACCAAACUGGAACGAGAUUUUCAUGGUCUGCCUGUUUUGUGUCAGGUUAAUCUGACCAAUAAUCAGAUAAUGUCCAUAUCGAGCGAACUAGUUAGUAAUACGCGCUGCAAGAAUCACAAUGUGGCUGGAAAACUGGAAAUGUAUCUGGAUGAUAAUCCCAUAAUGUGUGAGGUGGGACUCAAUGAGAUUUGUCGUCUAAUGGCUGCCCAGGAUGCACGUAUACGAGGACGUUCGCAGUGCUUUGAGAAUGACCAGGAGGUGUGCACAGUGUUGCCGAUGCUGUACAAGAUUGAUUUGCCGCUGCUGGUGACCCAGUUAAAUGAGAAGCAAAUGAUUGUGCCAUCGCCGAUUCUAUUGCCACCGAUAAUAGCAACGUUGGGUCAACCGAUAAUCAAUCCAGUGAUUUUAGCCCCGCCAGUGACCCUUGAAGUGACCACGACACCGGCUCCAAUACCGUCUACAACGCCGGCUCCGCCAACUCCGGCAGCAUCUGUGGCUCCCUCUGUGCUGCUGGCCGUGGAGUUAGAGAAGGACCUUAAUGAGACGACAAUAACUAUGCCAGCUAUCACGAAUCCGAACACGACUACAGCGACAACAACAUCGACCACAACAACAACUACAACAGCAGCGACAACAACAACAACAACUCUCCUCAGUCAAUUGGGAGCCACCGAGGUGGUAACCACCACAGCACCCACCACCACUACAACCAGUACAAGAACUCCAAAGCCAAAUGAAACCUUGCCCGUUAUCCUGGACAUUGAGGAGCCAACAAAUUUAACACCCAAUGUAGCGGAUCCCAAUGGCAAUGAAACUGCGGGGCUAAGCCCCAAGGAACAACAGGAGCAGGAGGAUGCGGUUGUAUCCCCCGUGGAUGUGGAUGAACAGCGUCACGAGCAGGCACAUGAGCGAGAUCAUGAUCACGAUCAUGAUUCGGUGGCCAAAACAGAAUACGAAACGGUGGAGUAUAUACCGAAUCUGGUGCAGCCUGCCAUGGCUGCGCCUACGCCACCGCCGCCAAGUAAAAUGAAUCUUCUCGAGGAGGACUCGGAUUCAGUGUCCAAUUCCGUGCACGAGGAAUAUCCGCAUGCAGCACAGAGCUUGCAAAUACCCGAGGAACCGCCCGAGGAGUAAACGCAGAUAGGAGGGAAGGAUUCAGUUCAAGAUCGCCGGAAUUGGCUUGGUGGGCAGUGGGCAACGGGCUGAGCAGCAUGCAAAGUGGAGGAUCGCGAGAACGAGAAUUGGAUUGUAUGCUUUAAGUUAAUUUAGUUUUUAUGAUUUAUUUAAGCUGAUGGCAAAAAUCGAGCAGUUUUUGUUGAGUUAUUAUA